GUUAGCCAGCUGUUCUGUGCGUGAAGUUGUUUGUAAACAGAGGAUUCCGCCGGCUCGGGACGCGAUUGCGGGCCGCAGCAGAAGCCAGUCAGCCGGCACGACUUUGUAGCAGCGUCACGGCGUGGGCGGACACGGUCGGCGCCUCUUUCCGGUUUGGUUCGCCGUCGGCGACUGACGUGACGUGUUCCCUACCGAGAGGUAGGUGGGUGAGCCUCGAGUAACGCCGACUCUCUCCCUUUCUUCCCGCCCGCCUGCCUGCAGCAGCAGUCAGUAGUUCGUGCGAUGGCCGCCACCGCGGCGCUGGCGCUGGCCGCGGCGCUCCUCGCCGUCGCCGGCCUCUCCCGGGGCUCCCCCCAGGGCGGCCUGCCCAGCCGGGACUUCCCACCGGGCUUCAUGUUCGGCGCGGCCACCGCCGCCUUCCAGAUAGAGGGCGCCUGGAACCUCAGCGGUAAGGGCGAGAACAUCUGGGACCGGUGGACGCACCAGCAUCCCGACUGGGUGGCGGACGGCAGCAACGCAGACGUCGCCUGCGACUCCUUCCACCGCUUCAAGGAGGACGUCCAGGCGCUCGUCGACACGGGGUUUGACUUCUACCGCUUCUCCAUCUCCUGGUCACGAAUCCUGCCGCGCGGCACCGUCGACUACGUCAACGAGGAGGGCCUCUGGUACUACAACCGCCUCCUCACCGAGCUGAUGGCGCACAGGAUAACGCCCGUGGUGACGAUGUUCCACUGGGACCUCCCACAACCGCUGCAGGACCUAGGAGGAUGGCCCAAUCCUGUAAUCGCUGACUACUUUGAGGACUACGCCAGGAUCCUGUUCCGUCAUUUCGGCGACCGGGUGAAGUACUGGAUAACCAUCAACGAGCCCGCCAGCAUCAUCGAGAGCUACGCCAACAGCCGCCUGGGGGCGCCCGGGCUGGACGAGCACGGCGUCGCCGACUACCAGGCCAGCCACACCCUGCUCAAGGCGCACGCCAAGGCCUACCACCUGUACGACAAGUACUUCCGCAAGACGCAGAAAGGUCGUGUAAGCAUUACACUGAAUUCAGCAUGGCUUGAGCCUCGAACAAAUUCUCAAGAAGAUAGACAGGCAGCCGAAAGAGCUAGACAGUUUUAUUUUGGAUACUGGGCCCAUCCAAUCUACAGCAAAAUUGGUGACUAUCCUGCUGUAAUGAAGGAGAGAAUCAUGAGAAACAGCCUGGCAGAGGGCCGGUUCAGAUCUCGUCUACCGGAAUUUUCUCCACAGUGGGUCAAAUUUAUCAGAGGUACAGCAGAUUUCUUUGCAUACAAUCAUUACACAACACGAUAUGCUGCUUCGGGCACUGAAGGAGAAAUUCCAUCUCUUCAACGAGAUUCAGGAGUUAUUAGAAGCUUUGAUCCAAAAUGGCCUUCAUCUGCAUCAUCCUGGCUUAAGGUUGUGCCCUGGGGUCUGAGGAAGAUGCUGAACUGGAUUAAGAAAGAAUAUGGCAAUCUUCCAGUGCUGAUAACAGAGAAUGGGUUCUCAGACCGUGGUGGUCUGCACGAUAACGCUCGCAUCAAUUACUUCGUUAGCUACUUACAAGAACUGCUGAAGGCUAUUUAUAUAGAUAAGUGCAAUGUGUUUGGAUAUACAGCAUGGAGUCUGGUAGACAAUUUUGAAUGGGCAAGAGGAUAUACGGAAAAAUUUGGAAUUUACCAAGUCAACUUCACAGAUCCCAAUCGUGCAAGGAUUCCAAAAGAUUCUGCUCGCGCCUUACGCAAAAUCAUCAAACAUCGAGCACUUGUACCCAAUUUAUUACAAGGAGAAAUGCCUGAGCCAAGAGUAGUACUUGUCACAUGAUCACGUGGAACAAUGUACAGCAUUAAUAUUAGUAUAACAGCACAAUAAUUGUAAAGUGAUACAGAACAAGUUCCUUGCUCAUCAGUAUAGUAGGGAUUGCUUCAGUAUAGUAUGGAUUGCUUCAGUAUAGUAUGGAUUACUUCAGUAUAUUAUGGAUUGCUUCAAUAUAAAAAUCUAUUGUGACUUAGUAAUGUACCACACCAGGGAAGAAUUCUAGGAUUAAGAAAAUCACAGAGCAACUUGAUCAUGUUUGCUAUUGAUAAAAUUUAUCACUGUAAAAAAAAGAAAAUGUUUUGAUGUAAUGCAUUUGUUAUGCUUAUAGUAAGUAUAAAUGUAAUAGGAAUGGCACAACUAAAUCACUUGAAAAGUGAGCUCGUAUGUGAUAUAGAAUAUAAAUCAAGAGAUUUUGCUGUUAAUGGUUCUGAAAGAAUCUGAAUCAUACUUUGUAAAUAUUUAUUUUGUGUUUAGUUGUAAGUGACUCACAUCAAAACAAGUGAGGCCUUCUGGUCUUCAUGUGCCACUAUUAAAAAGACAGCCAGCAGCUGUAUGAAUUUUUUUGUUCAUACUAUUUCAACAAUACCGCUAACCGUUUCUAGCUUUCAACAAUACCGCUAACCGUUUCUAUUUAAUAGUCCAGUAUAUAUACUGUUAUGGAGCUUACAAACAGGUACAACAACAUGUGAAAUGCUCAAAUUUUCUAAAUUACAAGCAUAUUUUUGUACUGAUGUAUGUAAUAUUACAUGUGUCUUUGUAACUAUUCCAGUACCCUUUUAUUCUGAAGUACAUUAUAUGUAUAUUUAUUUUAAA